UGAUCAAAGACAUAGUCGCACUUCUCACAUCCAGCUCAAUUGUUUCUUGCCACCAACAUGCCUCGAUUCCUCAAGCGCAUCUUCACCGAUAACAUCAACCCAUUCCGCAGAGAACAAAGCCCACCAGAUGAAGUGCAGCGGACACGACGCGUUCUUGUAAGAAGCUCGACGGGCUCAACGCAUCGAUUGUCGUUCUUCGAGCCGACACUGCAUAUGCAGGGAAAUGCAGCGCCGCGAGAUGGCGCCAGCAUAGCCGACAGCAGCGUCAACCGGCCAAUGCUAGCACCCAGUCUGGCGGAUCACGAGCAGUCGAUACCAGCACAAAAACACACGCGUGCUCGGAGACGGUUGAGUAAAAGGCAGCGAGCGCCUGCUUGAUUAUGAGUUCGAGAGAAGGUUCGGGUAUUUCAAUUUAUACUACAUGGAACGUAACAUGUAGGAAAUUUUCCAAAUCAUUGCUUUCCGAGAUUAUGGAAUCUCAGGCGUUUGGUCGGUUUGGAUGUUUGCAAUCUUGGGGCUACCAUACCCAGUCCAUACAGGCAGUCACGUGUCAUUUUCAAUAUCAAGUGUCCUACUGA